CGUAUGAAGUCUCUGGCAGUACUAGCCGACCACACCACUGCCCCUUAGAAAUUAGAAAUUAGGGAGUCCAGCCUUCGGACACAGCCCGACGGCGACGGCCACUCGGCGGAUGUUGAAGUGAGAUCAGACCACUUUCCUCACAGAUGACACAGAUCUUACUAAUUUCAUCUUCUGCAAUACUUUCCCCCUUCAACAAGAGGAAGCAGCGAUGGAGCAAGACAUUAAUUUGUUCCUCAAGACAACAUGUGGGUCAUGAAUCGUCGCUGUUCAAAUCUCGAAGCAAAAGUGGGUUUAGAAAAUUUAGAGCUUCCAGUUCGACAGCAGGAAGUUAUGGCGGAUCUGCAGAGAUUUCUAAAGGUCAACCGACGCCAUGGCUUUCCACAUGGCCAAACACACAGGGUACGAGUCGUUUGUUCACGAUCGGCCUCGUUGCCGCCUGGUACUCCUCCAACAUUGGGGUCCUCUUGCUCAACAAGUAUUUGCUCAGCAACUAUGGUUUCAAGUACCCGAUCUUCCUCACCAUGUGCCACAUGACCGCUUGUUCUCUGCUCAGCUACGUCGCUAUUGCUUGGUUGAAGGUCGUCCCUCUUCAGACCAUUCGAUCUCGCAUCCAAUUCUUCAAGAUCUCUGCCCUCAGCUUUAUCUUCUGCAUCUCCGUUGUCUUCGGCAACAUUUCCCUUCGCUAUUUGCCCGUCUCUUUCAACCAGGCUGUUGGAGCAACCACCCCAUUUUUCACCGCGGUUUUUGCUUACCUGAUGACCUUCAAGAGGGAGGCUUGGCUCACUUAUGUCACUCUCAUUCCUGUUGUCACCGGGGUUGUCAUUGCCAGCGGGGGUGAACCGAGUUUCCAUCUAUUUGGGUUUCUUAUAUGUGUUGCAGCUACCGCUGCAAGAGCUCUCAAAUCGGUGCUCCAAGGAAUUUUGCUUUCUUCAGAAGGAGAGAAGCUGAACUCCAUGAAUCUCCUUUUGUAUAUGGCUCCUAUGGCUGUUGUUUUCUUGCUCCCUGCAACACUUAUUAUGGAAGAUAAUGUGGUUGGUAUCACACUAGCUCUUGCGAGAGAUGAUAUCAAAAUCAUCUGGUACCUUCUCUUCAAUUCGUCACUAGCAUAUUUUGUAAAUCUGACCAAUUUUCUGGUCACCAAACACACCAGUGCGCUGACCCUUCAGGUACUAGGAAAUGCAAAAGGGGCUGUAGCUGUCGUCGUGUCCAUUUUAAUAUUUAGAAAUCCCGUCUCUGUUACUGGAAUGUUCGGUUACACACUCACGGUCAUGGGAGUUAUUCUCUACAGCGAAGCGAAGAAACGAACAAAUAAGAGUUGACUAUGCCAAAGCUCAAAGUGAGUUGCCAUAGUUUGUUUUGUUUCCAAAUCAAUGGAAAACGUGCUUGCAGCUAAGGGCACCAAGUAGUAGUGGCUGCAUUGCAUGCUUAGCAAUUGGUGCCAUAAAAUUUUUGGUCUUGUUUUCAUAUGUUUGCUUUUAUCUCAGAAGCAUAGAAAGGCGGCUUCUUCUAUUGUAUUAGCAACAAAGGGAGGGAAUAGUUUAGGAAUAGAAAGUGAAAUAAGUGACACAGCAUAACUCUCUGUAACUCAGCUAUGGAGAAAUAUUCUCAUUCUUUUAAGGAUCAGGAGGAGGCAUUGUAUAAUUGGGUGACUACACAAUCAUUUUGCUGCUAACAUUUGUUAUAUUGUUAAUUAAAGAGAACCAUUCAUAGCUCUGCUCUUAGCAUUC